AUCGAUUAUAAGCAGAAUAACUAGACUAUUGCCUCAGAUCUAGACCAGUGCUCGGGAGCGACGGACGUAGUGCAAAAUGUAUUUUACCCCAGUAUUCUGCGGCCUGCUGGCCCUCAUCUGUCACGUUGCCGGCGAGUUUACGGUGGUGCCCACCACGCCAUGCUCUGAAGCGUCAACCAGCUCGUGCUUGGUGGGCGAGGUGCGCAUCGACCCGUGCCGGCAGGCGCCGCGACCGUGCCGGCUCAAGCGCGGCACCAACACCACCAUCUCCUUCGAGUUUACACCGAGCUUCAGCGCGGCGACGGCGACCCAGAGGGUAUACUGGGACAAGGUGAGCUCGCCGGAGUUCGCGGACCUGGACCACGACGCCUGCCACUACACGGGCUGCGGGCUGGAGGCCGGCAAGACGCAGACGCUGCUCUACCCGCUGUAUCUCGCCAAGAAACUGCCCAGUGGCACAUACCCCAUCAAGUGGAAGGUGUUCAACGGCGACAACGUCAACGAGUUUUGUUGUUUCAAGACCACCAUCUACCUGAAACCAUGAGCAGGUCACGAAUCACUUCUAGAUAUAAGAGCAACAUUCAAUUAUGCCAGAGCCGAUAAACAAAUAAAACACUAAAAAAGCU